UGUGAAAAAGAAAAAGAAAAAGUAGGAAAAUACAGGUAUGUCCCCGUUGCCGUGAAAGAAAGGGAAAAUCAUCUGCACUGCCCCUGCGAGUGAGUUUAAUAAGGCGGUCUCAUUGCCGAAACGACCGCCAUCAUGGAUCGGUAUCAGAGGGUGGAGAAGCCGAGAGCGGAGACGCCAAUGAACGAGAACGAGAUUCGCAUCACCACUCAGGGCAGGAUGAGGAACUACAUUACCUAUGCCACCACUCUGCUCCAGGAAAAAGGAUCUAAUGAAAUUUCUCUGAAAGCCAUGGGCAGAGCUAUCAACAAAACUGUGAUGAUUGCUGAAUUGAUUAAGAGAAGAAUCGCUGGUCUUCAUCAGAAUACUGCAAUUGGUUCUACUGAUAUAACUGAUGUGUGGGAGCCGCUAGAAGAGGGACUUCUUCCCCUGGAAACCACUCGCCAUGUAUCAAUUAUAACAAUUACUUUGUCCAAGAAGGAACUAGAUACAUCCUCCACAGGGUACCAACCACCUAUUCCGGCUGAUCAAGUUAGGCCCUGGACUGAAUAUGAGUAUGAAGGAGAGGGCUCUCCUAGCAUGCGUGGUAGAGGACGUGGUGGUCGAGGAAGGGGCAGAGGAAGAGGGAAUUUUAACAAUGGAGUUGUGGAGUAUAAUGGAGAUGGUGGCUUUGAUGGUGGGCGAGGGUAUGGAGGUAGAGGUCGAGGCCAUGGAAGAAGUCGUGGCUAUCGUAGGCGUGGAAGGGGCUAUGGCGGUGGGAUUUUUCAACAGGAUUUUGGUGGUUAUAAUAACUAUGGGAAUAACUAUGGAGGUGGGCCAGCCCCUGCACAAGGCCGCGGGCGUGGAAGAGGCAGGGGAAGAGGCCGUGGACGUGGUCGGGGUUUCAGAUCAGAUGGUCCUGUGCAGGCUGCUGCCUGAGUGCUAGACAAGGUAUAAAAUCUUGGUUGCUGAAAGUUCUGAAUGCCUGCUCUCUUAUUCUAGGGAAAAGAAAGAAAAAGGAAGAAGUAUUGGAUUUCACUAAUGAAUUUCUAGGCAUAUUAGUUAUAGUGAGCUACUGCACGUUGUGUGGUGGCCUUGUUUUUGUAGUUUGAAGGUAGGCUAAUUCUUAUUUGAUUGCUGACAACACUUUAAAGUUUUACACCUUUCUCUUUUAGGUAAUAAUAGGGCAGCACAUUCUUUCAUUUCUUUCGCAAAGGAGCAGAAGUUUUUACUAUAUUGUUAGGGUUUGGUGUUUUGUGUCAUGAGCUCUUCUUUGGAUCUUGGUUUUAUGAGAUAGAAAACUGUAUGCCUACUUUAGAUUUUAUGAGUACGAAAGCAUGGCACAGUCCUAUAGGUUGUAGGCUUGAGUUUGGUGCAUCUGUAAGUAGACUGGAGGUAAGGUUUAAAGUUAAAGCGCAUUCAACA